CUGAGCCACUGGGAAUAUAGUAGGCGCCGUCGGCGUUUUUAUGAAGUAUUGUCUGGCCUUCUGCCAAUGACGACCAGUCAUCCAGUGCGGGAGCUAAUGGUUCUCGCAUAGCAGAUCGACGCUGCUGUGAUAAUGACAUCUCAUAUGAGUUGUACUUAGGCGGUGCUGUGGUGGAGGUGAGUAGUAGGUCCCGUGAUGACAAUUCUCGUUCUCGACAAUCUUCCGGAUCUUCAUAGUUAUUCUCAUAGUCGUGGUCCCGAUCGGGUGGAUGUGGCGGCAUCCAUGCCGGCGGUGGUCCACGCAUUUCAAAUGGCGUGCACUCGGAUGGAUGAGGUAAUGAUGAAGCACCUGAAGAGCUAA